UUCAGCCAGCAAUCGCCAGAGAGAUCUUUCGCCACUGAAGGUUCCGCGGACAACACAUGCACGACCUAUCGGCACUGAGAGGACAGCCUGCCCUUUGCCUUUCUUUCCAACACUCGGUGUGCCCGAGACCAUUCCGAGCCAGCCAACGAUGACCACCGACACUAGUAACGUAUCUGCAACUUGGCCAUCAGUUAUUCCUUGUCAAGAGAACGUUCCAGUUAAUCCAGCUUCGGUCACUUCCGGUCCUACGCAUCAAGCAUCACUGAGCUCAUUUGACAACGCUGUUUCGAGAGCCGUGGACCAUCCAGACAGACAAACUAUUGAUUCUGGUCAGGGAUAUUAUGAACCGCCCUUUUAUGAAAUUACAAACACUACUUAUAGUAUACCAGCAGUUGGUUCUGAUCAAAGUCAUGUUACAACGAACCCGACUUUGGUCACUUCCGGUCCAAUGCAUCAAGCAUCACUGAUCUCGUCGGACUACGCUGUUCCAAGAGCACUGGACCAUCCAGACAGGCAAUCUAAUGAAUCUAGCCAGGAUUAUUAUGUAACGCAAUUCUAUGACAAUAGAGACAGUACUCAAAGUAUGGCAGCGGUCGAUUCCGAUCAAAGACACGUUACAACUUAUCCGACAUUGGUCACUUCCGGUCCAAUGCAUCAAGCAUCACUGAUCUCGUCGGACUACGCUGUACCAAGAGCACUGGAUCAUCCAGACAGGCAAUCUAAUGAAUCUGGUCAGGAUUAUUAUGUAACGCAAUUCUAUGACAAUAGAGACAGUACUCAAAGUAUGGCAGCGGUCGAUUCUGAUCAAAGACACGUUACAAUAAAUCCGACAUUGGUCACUUCCGGUCUCAGACAACAAGAAUUACUAAGCUCGUCUGAUAAUUCUGAUCCCAGAGUACAGGUCCAUCCAGACGGGCAGUCUGGUCAAGAAGGGUAUUUACCGUCCUUUUAUGACAACAGAGACCAUAGUACGCCAGCGGUCAGUUCUGACCAAAUAGAGAACAUACCUAGAAAUACGUCUUUGGUCAUUUAUGAACCUAGACAAGCACAAAGGAACGUAUUGUUAGCCCAGUAUAAUCCUGGAGCUGAAGCUAAUCCAAACUGGCAGCCGGGCAAUACUCAAGAAUACAUUCCGGUUUCGCCCUAUCACUCUGGCUAUACGACUACCAUGCCAACGGUCGGUACUGGACAGUACGCGCCUACGAAUUUGCCUUAUGCUAUACCUAUCCGGCCAAUGGUAUCACCAUUCCAUCACUUUCCUAGGCCUCAGUUCAUCUGGCCUACUGUUGACCCUAGCCAACAAAGGUCUGUAGCGUUAAUGCCAUCAGUUAACCCUGAUAAUAUCCAACAUGUAUCACACGUGUGGCCAGGGAAUGCCUCUGGUCAAAUCGUCAUGGUACCAACGGGUUCGUCUUCUGUAAUCUCUGACCCAAGCCAUGCACCGACCAGUUUCUCCUCAGCUCCGCCUGUUCAAAGACAAGUUACCGCUAAUACCUCUGCUGAAACCCCCCAUGAGGUUUACCCCAUGAUGCCCUCUCCGACCAGCUCUAGCAGCAGUGAACAGUCACAGGCUUCGAUGGCGAGUGUCUCCGGUGCUGACUCGACUCCAACUUUGAGAUGGAAUAGGAUGAGUCUAGACUUUGAAAGCCGCAUUACUCGGAUAAGAGGGCCAUUUCCUCAUUAUCCAUACGAGACGUUACCAGAGAUCAUUCAACGGAUCAACAGUCGAGGCUUGGAUGCAAGUUCUGAAGAGAUCGCUGAAUUGCAGACCGCCACAUUCAUUGAUCACGAAAUGUUUAAAAGCAUGUUGAGUGGCAAUCCAGCUGCCAUUGGUUAUUACCAAAGAUCUUAUCAAGCUAUGGAGACACCUACUACAGGAAUCUUCGACUAUCCUGACAGGCCACCGCUAAGAUUCUGUAACAAUGAAGCUGUGAUAGACAUCUCCAAAGCGCUACCAGAUUUCUUUAUUGCUGAUCGAAAUGAACAAAGAGCGAGAACCAGAAGGCAGACAAGUUCAGCUGGAAGAAAUCAAACUUCAAGACAAGCUUAUGGUUCCACCCGUCAAGUAUUUCCGAGAAGUUUAAGGCAUUCCAGAUCAAACACUCAGCCUACACUUCCCAGUUCUGAUGAAGCCAGAGUUGAAUCAGAAGAAGCGAACCCAGAAUCUAUGCAAGACGCUAGGGAGCGACAUGUACAGACAACAGUUGGACCUGAACCAGAAGCAGCUGCCUUAGAAAGAAUGCAAUUACUGCAGUCCUUAAGUACAAGAAACAAGGAGACACACACACAGAGACAGACCAAAAUUAAAUAUCAAAGUAGCCAAACAAGAAGAGCAGCAUCUAGACAAACAGUAACAGAACCUUCAGUGGGUGCCCAAAAUAAACGUCAUGUAACAACUUGGACACCAAGAUAUCAAAACAAAGCAAAUACAGGAAGCUCUGCACGAACCGGAAGAUCUGGCAAAACAACUAAGACCUCUUCCAAAACAGCUGGAAGCUCUGUCCAAACAGAUAGAAGCUCUGCUCAAACAUCUGAAAGCUCUGCCCAAACAUCCGGGAGCUCUGCCCAAACAUCCGGGAGCUCUGCCCAAACAUCCGGGAGCUCUGCCCAAACAAGCGGGACUGCUGCCCAAACAUCCGGGAGCUCUGCCCAAACACCCGGGACCUUUGCCCAAACAUCCGGGAGCUCUGCCCAAACAUCCUGGAACUCUGCCCAAACACCCGGGAGCUUUGCCCAAACAAGCGGGAGCGCUGCCAAGACAAGCCGGAGCACUGCCCAGACUACCGGGAGCACUGUCCAAAAUGAAAAUCCUAAUCCUGCUGAAACUCAACAGGUUUGUCACAUUUGGUAUGAAGCUAUACUUAACAGUAAAACUUAUUCUGAUGAGGGUUUAUUAAUCAAAUUGUCCAGGUCUCUUCAAUAUUAUUUAUUUGUGAUAUUUUGA